GCAACUUGGUUUUAAGACGCUAACGGCUGGUGUUUACCAUUCAUUUUAACCAAUUUCUGGAAAGAUGGCCGAUCAAAGUUCUCCGGGGCCAUUUGUGAAGAGUUUUCAAGGAAAGUCAGAGAUCACUUCUGCUGAUUUCCUGAAGAUUUUCAAGAAAUUUGAUACAGACGAAAAUGGUUUUAUCGAUGCUGGUGAACUGGAUGACUUCCUCGUUGCUCUGGCAAAGGAAAACAAAGGGGGCAAUCCAGACGCGAAUGAAAUUGCACAGAUGAAGAAGACAAUUCUCGAGAAAUACGAUGAUAAUUUUGAUGGCAAACUUGAUUUGGAAGAACUAGCUAAUAUCCUGCCCACCGAGGAAAAUUUCUUGGCCAAGUUCCAACACGCGAACACCUUAACUACUGUUGACUUUUUCAAGGUGUGGAACCAUUAUGAUCAGGAUCACUCAGGAUUCAUCGAGAGUGACGAGUUGGAGGGAUUCUUAACAGAUCUACUUGGCAGAGAUGGACAAUCACUGAAUCCUCAGAGAAUCACUGAUUAUCAAAAGGCCAUGUUGGAUUUGUUUGACAAAAAUAAAGAUGGAAAGUUGUCGUUACCGGAAAUGUCAAAGAUACUUCCUGUUGAAGUCAACUUUCUGCUGAAGUUUGGCCGGGAUGACAUGACUGAAGCAAAGUUUAACGAGAUAUGGUCCAAGUAUGAUCAGGAUGGCAACGGCUUCAUCGCUGACGAGGAGUUGGAGGCUCUCCUUUAUGACAUUCUCGAUAAGGACCAGAAGGACAUGGAGGACCCAGGUUGUCUCAAAGGUUACAAGAACAGCAUAAUGGACAGUUUUGACCAGAACAAAGAUGGAAAACUCGGAAAGGACGAGCUAAAAAUGAUGUUAUUGGCAUGAGCAGUUAGUGAUCUAUGAAAAAAAUUUCGAUUCCAAUUCAAGUCGAGUAAAUGUGAUAGGUAGUAUUUUUUCUUCUCAGCCAGCAAUAUUUAUGGCUCAGUUCUGAAAUUGUUUUUGUCUUUUUUAGCAUGACGAAUUUGCUUCCUCCUAACCUGAAUUAGUUAUGAAUUUGUUCUUAUUACAAAAGGUCAUUCCCAGGAGAGUGACAAGAGACUGUUUACUCAGUGUUCCUGGUAAGAAAACUACGCGCCGAUCAAUUCGAAGCUUUAACAUCCCCCUGGGCAACCCAUAGGCAUUUUGACCGUCGUCCUUGUCCAGGGUCCGGGGAUGGUGAAUUUGAACCUUGCCUGGGUGGAGUGGGAAAUUUGAACGAGAAUUGUGAAGUCUUUCCAGUGGAAUACACGUAUUUUAUCUUUUGAUAUGGAGAUUUCAAAGGUAAAAAGUUAACUUUUGAGAACAGAUGGCGCAUGGCAAAAACACCACAAGAAAGCCACGGUCGCUGAUCUUGCCUUUUACAAAAGGUUGACCAUCGAAUUUGGUCCCUAGGUAGGCAUCUUCGGGAGGGUUGUCCGGGGGGAAAUGCUAAAGCUUCGAAUAUAUUAUGCACGAGGUAUAGUUAUAACAAUUUAACAUUAAUAUCUAGAUGCAAUUAUUUGGCCUCUGUAGGCCAUACAGCACUCUUUGUAACGCCAAAGAAAUAAUAAAUCAUAAUAAUUCA